UUUCUGAUCAUUCAUUCAUCGAUUCCAGCUACAUGUUUCAAUGUCUCUGAUGGAAAAAGUGGAAUAUGUUUCCCCUGCUAGGAUGAACCAGCACCUCAGACUGACGUUCCUGUUCCAGGACUCUGCCCUGCACUUCAUAGGUCUGUUCAGUCAGCGCCACUCCUGAAUGCUGGACUGUCUAAAAGAGCUGGAAAGGAGAGCUGGCAAACUAAAUAAGAUGAAGAAAGGGGGUUAUAUCUCCAGUGUGGUAGGCAGUGCAGUGGGGGCAACAGGAGGGGCUCUGACCAUCGCAGGCCUUUGUCUUGCCCCUGUUACUGCUGGGCUGUCACUAUGGCUCACCAUCCCAGGGAUUGGAAAGGGUGUGACCAGUGGGGUCAACAGUCUAACCACCGGUGUAACAAAGGUGGCAUUUAAAAGCUACCAAAACAAGAAAGCCAAUACAAUCUUUCAAUGUUUCAUGGAGGACAUAAAAAGACUCCAUGGUAGUCUGGAGAAGGUGGCCAGCAACAUUUGCCCUUUGGAGCCGAAGGUGGUGGCAUUAGUGGUUGGGAAGAAUAUAGGCAAAGGUGGUGCGAGUUUAGGAAAGAAGAUCAAUGCCAUAGUAAAAAAUACCUCUGCAAUAGAGGCCUUAAAGGGGAAAGGCGUGGUCAUGGGUGCAGGCAAGGUGGGACUCGGAGAGGGCAAAAAACUUGCUGCAGAUUUACCUGACAUUGGGAUGUUGGCACAAGGCACUCCACUCGCCCUCUCUAGGACAUUAAGGAAAUGUGCCGUGGCCUCAAAUGCCCUAUUCAUUGGCCUGUACAUCAUCAAUAUCUGUAAAGACAGUGUCAGCCUCGCCAAAGGCAGCAAGAGCAAGACAUCCCAGCUCAUCCGAGCCAGAGUGGCACUGUGGCGCAUGGAGAUCAACUCAUGUCAGAGGAUCCAUGACUCACUGUGCCGAGGCAUCUGGAGGUUCAGAAAGAGUCAGAGAAUCCUGGAGAAACCCUUUUACCUUGUGAAGGAGUCUAGAGCCGCUUGUAGAGAUGGGACUCAUGGAGCAGCCUGAGGAUGAUAUAGAAACUCUGGGGCAGCCUAUGGAGGAGAUGAGACUCCAGGGGCAGCCUAUG